AUGGCUGCGUCCUUGUCCCCGUUCCAGAGCGCGUACGGCCAGCCGCUGCAGCAGCAGCAGGCACAGCAGGUGCAGCAUCAGCAGCAGCAGCAGCAGCAGCAGGAGUCGAACCAGCUAAGGUACCAAUACUUGAACCAGCAGCAAUUGCAGCUGAACCAGCAGCAGGAGCAGCAACGGCAGUACCAGCAGCAACAGCAGCAGCAGGAGCACUUUCAGCAGCAGCAGCAGCAGCAGCAGCAGCAGCAGAUCGGAUCUGGAGCUGUGGCGACGCAGGACGCCAACGCCUUAUGGGAGCGGAUCGAGGGGUUAGAGGCGGAUCUGCGCAGUGCAAGGCUGGAGGCAGCGAGGGCCAGAGCUGCUCUGGAGGCACAGGAGCACAGAUGCGCUGGGCUGAUGGAGGAUGUGCGGCGGCUGGAGUCGGACAGGGCACUGCUGAAGAAGCAGGUGGACGCGUUCGCCUCUCAGCUGCAUCUCACCAACUCGCAGCUGGCCCAGGCGCAGGGGGCUCUGCAGGCAGCAGAGGAGAAGAGCAAGGCGCACUCCAGCCAGUCGGAGGAGCAGGCAGCAGCACUGCGCAAGGCAGUGGAGGCAGCAGGCAUUGAGAGGGAUGCAGCAGUGCUCGCCAAGGAGGACCUUGCAUCGCAGGUGCGGGUGCUGAAGAGACGACUGCAGGAGGCAGAGGAGGAACAAUACAAGGCAGAAGAGGCAUCGGCGGCGCUAGCAGCAGAGCUGAGGGCGCUGCAGCACUCAACAGAGGCCACGGUGGAUCGUGCAGGUGCGGCAUUUGCUCCCGACCCGGACCAGCUCCGGGUUGCCGAAGCUGCCAGAGAUGCCGCCAAGGCUGAGCUGCAGGAUCUGCGCCAGGAGCUGACGGGCAUGCGGCAGCAGCUGAUAACAGAGAGGCAGAAGGCGGCAACGGCGGCUGGAGGCAAGGAGGCGAUUGAGAAGCAACUGGCAGCCGUGCAGGCGAGCCUGAAGGAGGCGUUGGAAGCAGAGGAGAGGCUUAAGAUCAAUGCAAAGGCGGAGGUUCGGCAAGAGGUGGAACGGGACCUCAGGUCCGACAUUGAGGCUGAGGUUCGGCAGAAGCUGGAAGCGGAGGUCCGGGAAGUGGCUGAGGUUGAGGCUCGGAAGAAGUUGGAGUCCGAGGUUCGGCAGGACGUGGAGGGGAAGGUUCGGAAAGAACUAGAAGCUGAGGUUCGGGAGAAGCUGAAGGCGGAGGUUCGGGAGGAGCUAGGAGCAGAAGCUGGGAGAAGUGCUGAGGAGGAGGUCUUAAAGCCCAGCGGUCAAGGGUCGGUGGGAUCGGUAGAUGUGGGAACUCAAGUGACGUGUGUGAGCGAGGAGGCUCGGAAAGAGAUUGAAGCAGCCGCUGUGGCUCGGAUGCGGCAGGAGGUGAAGGAAGAGGUUUGGAAGGAGGUUGAGAAACAGGUUCGGGAAGAGGUGAUGGAGAAGGUUCGGAAGGAGGUGCGGAAGGAGGUAGAAUCGGAGUUGAAAAAGUCCAAGGGCGAUACUGAGAGUGCUUCAAUGCGAGACAAAGCUGGUGGUGGUGGUGCUACGGUUGAGAGUGGUGGAGAGGGUGUAGGGGACAAAGAGAGAGCGGAGGUGGAGGGUAAAGGUGAAGCAGUGGGUGAAGAUGUGGCAGGUGGAGGAGAAAGAGAAGUUGCCGGGGAAGGGGCGGGAGCAGGGGCGCCAGAAGGGGCAGGAGAAGGGGCGGGAGGGGCAGGAGCAGGGGCAGUAGAAUUGUCAGGAGCAGGGAGAGGAGAUGCAAGUGAAGUUGCUGGGCAGUUUACUGAACAGCUUGCACAAUUGAAGUCCUAUUCCAUACCAUUCCAUCGCUUCCUGCAUUGCACUAUCUGUGUCUCAACCAUCGAUACCAUCCACGCUGCUAUCUCCUGCCGCCCAUUCACAAACACACAUCAGGUGGAUUCCCAGUCGCUGCAGAUAGAGCGCCUAUUCGCGGAGAACUCAGGGCUGGCAGCGGGGCUCAAGGAGGUCUCUGCCAUUGCUGCCCGCUGGGAGGCUCAGGUGCGUGCAGCAGAGGCUCAGGUGGGAACAACAGCGGCUCAGAACGAGCUCUCUGCCGCCCAGCACCGCAUCCGCCAGCUGUCAGUGCAGGCACUGCGCGCCGAUGCCAGCUGUACCACGGCUGUCCAGAGGCUCUCACAAACCAAACGCCUGUACGGACCUCUGUUGAGUAGCAUCGAGCAGAAGCUUCUACAGUACAAGCAGGAAGCUUCCCUGCAAGGGCGUGAUGAGAGGUAUGAGAGGGAUGAGAGGGAUGGGAGGGAUGGGAGGGAUGAGAGGGAUGAGAGGGAUGAGAGGGAUGGGAGAGAUGGGAGGGAUGAGAGGGGUGGGAGGAAUGGGAGGGAUGGGAGGGAUGAGAGGGAUGAGAGGGAUGGGAGGGAUGAGAGGGAUGAGAGGGAUGGGAGGGAUGAGAGGGAUGAGAGGGAUGGGAGGGAUGGGAGGGAUGGGAGGGAUGAGAGGGAUGAGAGGGAUGGGAGGGAUUGGAGGGAUGAGAUUCGUUAA